GAGGGUAGAAGUAAACAAACGAAAUCGAGGGGUCAGGGUAGGCUGCCAAUGUCAUCAGUCAGCAGUGACCACGGCUCCGCAAGUGUGGGCAUCCCGGGGAAAUGGGCCGUCAGCUCAGCGGGCAGGACAUCCCGGUCCCGAAGCUCCGCGCGGAGACACCAUUCAGGUGGUGGAAGACAGUCUCGCCUAGGUGAGGGACAUCUAAGGGGACUUUAUAUGCGGUACCAACCGCGGUGAACGUCUGAGGAGGGUCACCACCGGCGGCACCUGUUCACUCUCCUAGAUUGGGUCCCUCACGCGCUGGGCGCAGUGGGGCUGGUUCAAACCAGGGCACCCGAGUCCCUUCCCUCCCCCCAGGCUCCUCCUGAGGACUUCAAACAAGAAUCGCGCCAGCUGCAUGACUAACGAGCAAUAGUCAAGAGAGCUGUCCCAGGAAAAGACGGACAGUCGCGACAGAGGAUGUCUUGAGCCAACGUCCACGAUCAAAGGCCAACGCCCCCUUGUUCCGUGAUCCCCGCGGGCCGCCGUAGAUCCCUGGGGGGGGGUUGCCUGACUCCUGCGGGCCACCGUAGGUCCCUGGGGGCCGCCAUGACCCCCGUGGGCCGCCGUAGGGGCGCCUUUCUCAGCCUAUGCUCCCAAAAUGGCUACCGGGCAGUGCUCCCCCCGGCGCUCUCUCUGAGGAGGUCCUGGCAGCGAGUGUGGGGCGCAAACUUUGCGUUCCGACGCCAGCGCGGCCUAGAGGCGGGGAGCGGCCGGCCGGCGCUGCGCGCUCCGUCUUGGGGCGGGGCGACAGGCCCCUUCCGGGGAUGGGCUCCGGCGUCCGAGUCCGACCGACUCUGCCCUGGCUCCUCCCCGCUCGGGCGGGCGCUCCGCGGUGUCCCCGCCCGCCAGUCCGCCCGGCCCGGCUGGCGGCAGACGGGCCCUGGGCAGCCGCACGGGGAGCUGUAAGCCCGCGGGCGUCGGGAGGCGUCAGCACUGCCGCUGGCCCGCGGCGGGUCCCGGGCUGCGACCGGGCCGGGGAGAAAAGGCAGCGGUACCAUGUUCUCCCUCAAGCCGCCCAGACCCACGUUCAAGUCCUACCUCCUACCGCCGCCCCAGACUGACGAUAAGAUUAACUCGGAACCGAAGAUUAAAAAACUGGAACCGGUCCUUUUGCCAGGAGAAAUUGUUGUAAACGAAGUCAAUUUUGUGAGAAAAUGCAUUGCCACAGACACCAGUCAGUAUGAUUUGUGGGGAAAGCUGAUCUGCACCAACUUCAAAAUUUCCUUCAUCACGGACGACCCGAUGCCACUGCAGAAAUUCCACUUCAGAAACCUCCUUCUUGGUGAACACGAUGUCCCGUUAACGUGCAUUGAGCAGAUCGUCACAGUAAAUGACCAUAAGAGGAAACAGAAAGUCCUAGGCCCCAACCAGAAACUGAAGUUUAAUCCAACGGAGUUGAUUAUUUACUGUAAAGAUUUCAGAAUUGUCAGAUUUCGCUUUGACGAGUCAGGUCCUGAAAGUGCCAAAAAGGUAUGCCUUGCAAUAGCUCAUUAUUCCCAGCCAACAGACCUCCAGCUACUCUUUGCAUUUGAAUAUGUUGGGAAAAAAUACCACAAUUCAGCCAACAAAGUUAAUGGGGUGCCCACGGGAGGCGGCGGUGGAGCUGGAGGGGGCGGCAGCCAGAAAACCCCGCUGUUCGAGACCUACUCCGACUGGGACCGAGAGAUCAAGAGGACGGGCGCCGCCGGGUGGAGAGUCUGCUCCAUCAACGAGGGCUACAUGGUCUCCACGUGCCUUCCCGAGUACUUUGUCGUGCCAAGUUCCCUAGCAGACCAAGACCUGAAGACCUUCUCCCACUCUUUUGUCGGGAGGAGGAUGCCACUAUGGUGCUGGAGCCACGCCAAUGGCAGCGCGCUUGUGCGGAUGGCCCUCAUAAAGGAUGCGCUGCAGCAGAGGAAGGUCGACCAGAGGGUUUGUAAUGCAAUAACGAAGAGUCAUCCACAGAGAAGUGAUGUUUACAAAUCGGAUUUGGAUAAGACACUGCCCAAUAUCCAAGAAAUACAAGCGGCCUUUGUAAAACUGAAACAACUGUGCGUUAAUGAGCCUUUUGAAGAAACGGAAGAGAAGUGGUUGUCUUCACUGGAAAGUGCGCGGUGGCUAGAAUAUGUAAGGACAUUCCUGAAACAUUCAGCAGAACUCGUGUACACGCUAGAGAGCAAGCGCAUCUCUGUGGUCCUCCAAGAGGAGGAGGGAAGAGACUUGAGCUGCGUUGUCGCUUCUCUUGUCCAAGUGAUGCUGGACCCCCACUUCAGGACAAUCCCCGGGUUCCAGAGUCUGAUCCAGAAGGAGUGGGUCAUGGCCGGGUAUCAGUUCCUGGACAGGUGCAACCACUUGAAGAGAUCGGAGAAGGAGUCUCCGUUGUUCCUGCUGUUCCUGGACGCCACAUGGCAGCUGCUGCAGCAGCACCCGGCCGCCUUCGAGUUCUCAGAGACCUACCUGGCCGUGCUGGGCGACAGCACCCGCAUCUCGCUGUUCGGCACCUUCCUGUUCAACUCCCCGCACCAGCGGGUGAAGCAGAGCACGGAAUUCGCCAUAAGCAAAAAUAUCCAAUUGGGUGAUGAAAAGGGUUUGAAGUUCCCCUCGGUCUGGGACUGGUCUCUCCAGUUCACAGCAAAGGACCGCACGCUCUUCCACAACCCCCUGUACAUCGGAAGGAGCAUGCCCCGUGUGCAGAACGGCUCGGUGAAGCCUUUCAAACGGACCAAGAAAAACUACAGCUCCACCCUGAGAGGAGUGCCGGCCUCCUUCAAGAACGGGAUCCUCGGUGACCAAGAGGCCCUUCCGCGGAGGAACUCACUAAUAUUGAAAGUGAAGCCAGACCCCCCGCCGCGGGCCGACAGCCAGGACGGCGGCAUGGAGCAGUUCUUCCGAGAGUGGCUCUCCAAACCGGCCGACCUGCACGGCGUUCUCCUGCCACACGUGUCGGGGGUGCACGUGAAGCUGUGGAAACUGUGCUAUUUCCGCUGGGUCCCCGAGGCCCAGAUCAGCCGCGGGGGCUUCAUCACCGCCUUCCACAAGCUCUCGCUGCUGGCCGACGAGGUGGACGUGCUCAGCAGGACGCUGCGGCAGCACCGGGCCGGCCCCCUGGAGGCCUGCUACGCGGAGCUGGACCAGAGCAGGAUGUACUUCCGGGCCAGUGGCCCCCACGACACCUCGGGGACGCCAGAGUUCCUCUCCUCCUCGUUUCCCUUCUCUCCCGUCGGCAAUCUGUGCAGACGGAGCAUUUCAGGAACGCCAUUAAGCAAAUUUUUAAGUGGGGCCAAAAUAUGGUUAUCUACUGAGACGCUAGCAAACGAAGACUGAAACAGAGUGUUUUCUGUCUGGAGGGAAGCUAGAGGCUUUUUCCUCGGAAUUAGAACUGCUCACCCAGGCAUUUGAGGUUCUAAUAACUUUAUAUGUAAGAACCGUUGAAAUUUGCACUAAUGUUUAAAAACAUGUUCAAUUAUGCUUCCUUCACUCUGUAGAAGAUAGGCGUGGGUUUCGGUUUUGAUGUCCUUUCCCUGUCAUGGUAGGUCUGGCGCACUUUGAGGGGAUGUGCAGGCAGACACGCCCACACCUUGUUACUGUGAUCAGACUCACCGGGGUCUGUCUGCACCCCUUGUUCCUGCCGCCUUCAGGAGGCUCCCAAUCCUCAGGCUAGCGACCCAAAGAAGCCCGUUAGAAGCACUGAGCAAUCAGGGCUGGGCAUUUUUCCAAGAAGCACGGAUAGACCUCCCACAGGCAGUAGUAGGUACCUGUGUAUCUUUCUGGUCACCUCCUGUUGUCUCUGAUGGAACCCGCCUGAGGGUUCAGUGUUCCCACGCCGUAAUUUAUUUGUGAUCGCUUUGGGACCGCAAAUCACUGUGUCUUAAAAUCCUGAGUUUGCUCUUAACUUCUUAGGACUAACUUUCCAGUGAUGUGCACUGUUAACUUGAAAAGCAUUUGCUGUAGAUAGCAUAACUAAACUUAGAAGUGCCUUUGACAGUAAUAUUAAGGUAUGAGAAACACAGUGAAAUAUAAUUUGUUUUUAAAAUUAGGGAGUUAAGCCCCCCUACCCCCUACAUAUUGAAAACAGGCUCUUCACACUGAGUUCAUACCAAUAGCCAGGAGUGCCCAAAGCCACAUUUGCAUCCCCCUGAAAGUCUGCGAGGGCACAGCAGGCCUGUGGGUGGUGGGCUGCCCAGGCUUUGGGGGGCCACCUGCACCGAGCCCGCCCUCUUGAAAAGGGCUUUCCCCUCCGUAUCUUCAGUGCCGCUGGCUGUCGCUGGCACUUUCCCUGGGAAACAACCAGUGAGGCCCCGAGUCAGGUCACUUGUCCUGAAGUCCCUCCUCCCAGAGAGUGCUCAGUGCUCAGGAGGAGAGAACUAGAGAAAUGAAAACACGCUCGGCCCUGGCUGGUGUGGCUCAGUGGAUUGAGUGCCGGCCUGUGAACCGAGGGGUCGCCAGUUCGAUUCCCAGUCAGGGCACAGGCCUGGGUUGUGGGCUAGGCC